CAUUCCUUCGUCACCUUGAAUUACCCUUGGGCAAUUUCAUCACCGCAAUCGCCUCACAACCGCUGACGUGAUCUCGCCUACCACAGUCAACACUGUAAUUACCGCAGCUCUCUGAUCCCAACCCAACUCACCCAAGUGGGUCGAGACCCUGUCGGAAUCCAGACCCUGAGGGGCCGAAUCGUCCACGUCUCCUCUCACCCAUCUCCACAUCUUAUUCUUCUCCUUUCUACAGAACCACUCCAAUAACUCCUUAUCCCCUUUUCUUUCCUUUUCGGAUUCAAAAUAAAUAUUCAUAAAUUUCGUCAAUCCUAUUGUCAACUGUAUCCGCACCACAGCGUUUGAGUCUUUAUCUCAUCGUUGUACCUGAUCGACCCUCACUCUGACAUCACCUCCAUUUCACACUUUACAAGAAUAACAAACAUGGCCGAUUUCGCUCCUCCGCCAGGCCCUCCGCCGCCAAGGGUGCCCGAGGGCUGGAAAGCUCAGUUCAACGACCAGUACAAGGAAUGGUUCUACGUAAACAUCUACACUAAGAAGGCGCAGUGGGACAAGCCCACUGAGCCGGUGUACGCUCCCAACGAUGACCCCUCGGCGCCUCCAGGCCCACCUCCAUCCUACAGCGAACAUGUGUCCAAGCCCGUGGGACCCGAAAAGUCAAACAACCCAUAUCUGAACACUUCUGGAAGCGGCGGUGCCGGCACCUCACAACAAAACGUCUCCUCCGACGAAGCCUACGCACGACAGCUGCAAGCUGAAGAAGAAGCCCGUGCCUCAUCCCGCUCUCCGCAACCGCUCUCCUCGGGUCGCUCCGCACAGCAAGAUUACAUGAACACGCCUAUGCCGUCAGACUAUGCAAACCCUAGCCCCGCUCCUUAUGGUGGCUCAAGCACUUCUCCGCGGCCCGAUGAGAAAUCGCGCGGCUUAUUUGGCAAGAUGUUUGGCAAGCACUCUUCAUCUUCGCAGCAGCAGCAGCCUGUGUAUCAGUCCUCCUCCUCGCCGUACCCGCCCCAGGGAUACGCCCAGCAAGGCUACGCGCCGCCCCAAGGGUACGGUCCUCCGCCCGGCCAGUACGGCGGAUACGGAGGCUAUCCGCCGCAACAGGCCUAUGGCGGCGGCUACGCUCCCGGAUAUGGAGGCGGAUACGCUCAGCCCCAACAAGCGCCAGCGAAAAAGCACGGUAUCGGCGCCGGUGGAGCAGCUGCCUUGGGUGUCGGCGGUGGCUUGCUAGGCGGUAUGUUGCUGGAAGACGCGAUUCAGGACCACGAUCAAAACGAGUACGAUGCCGGCUACGAUCAGGGAUAUGAUGACGGAGACUAUGGCGGCGAUGGCUUUUAAACUGUGAAAGCAGAAAAACAGUAUGACGAGAAAUUCUCACUGUUCUUAUUUCAUGACAUUCUCGCUCGUUGGUUGCUGGGUCGCUGGGUCGCCAGGUCGCUGGAAUUUGAUUGCUGGAUUGCUGGGCUUGAUGCUAGUUGCGGGGUACACCUUGGCUUUUCACUUUUUUUUUUUUUUUUUUUUUUUUUACUUUUU